AAGGCGAAGCAAGUCCGGGCUGCACGGACGUGGCCCAGAGAUGUCUUCUGGAAAGUGGGUGCCUCUCUGGCUAAUAUGGAUGGGGACUCUGGUAGCCCUGAGCCAGCAAGCGCCAAGGCUGCUCAUGGUGGCACCCAGUGUGGUGACAGUGGGGACUGAGGUGGGGGUCGUACUUCAAGUUGAGGGAGCCCCAUCUGGGCUCUCGGGCACAGUUUUUUUCCGGAACCAGAAUUCCAUGGUGAAAUGCUCUCAGGAGGUGCCAUUCAGUCUUCAGAGCAGUGGCUUCAUACAAAAAGUAACCUUGAAGGUGACGCAUGAGCUUUUUGUCCAGUGUGCUUUGAGUAAACAGCGACGAAACCAUUACAUCCAGCUUGUUGCUCACAGUACCCAGCUCCCCAGCUCCAAUGGUAUUCAGACCCUCGACCUGCGCUGGAGUUCCCGGCGUGGGUACCUCUUUGUGCAGACGGACAAGCCGAUCUAUACCCCUCGGCAAAAGGUGAAUUUCCGAGUCUUUGUCCUGGAUGACAAAUUGCGGCCGAGCGCUGAAUCAGUCACCAUCACUAUUCAGAACCCCCGUGGUGUUCAGGUCCGGAAAGCUGAGCUCAUGCCAGUCCAUUUUGUGAUAAAGGAUCACCUAUCAAUCCCUGAUAUCUCUGAGCCUGGCAUUUGGCGCAUUACAGCCGCGUUUGUCAACGCACUGGGCUCCAACACAACAACAGAGUUCGAGGUGAAAAAAUAUGUGCUCCCCCAUUUUGACGUGAAAAUUGUUCCAGAACAGAAAUAUAUUUUGGUCUCUGAACAGCAGGACUCUGACUUGAAAAUUGACAUUCAGGCUAAAUUUUUCUAUGGGAAGGGGGUCACCAGCACAGCUUACGUGCGUUUUGGCAUCAUUGAUGAUAACGGGAAGAAAAUCUUUAUUUCAGGACUGGAGCAACAAGUCUUGGUAACUGAAGGCCUUGGUUCACUGACCCUAAAGUGCAGCCUUCUUUCUGAGAAAUUAGGGCGCUCUCUGCAGGACCUGGUUGGAACAACGCUCUACAUCGCAGCGACAGUCAUAGAGACAGCAAGUGGAGAGUUGGAGGAGCAAGAACUUUCCUCUGUGAAGUUUGUGUCAUCUCCAUACACCGUGGACCUGUCCAAAACCAAGCAGCAUUUUGUGCCUGGUGCCCCCUUUGAUGUGCUGGUGGCUGUUUCACUCCCAGAUGGCACACCUGCCCGCCACCUUCCAGUCCACUUCUCAGCUCAGAUAACUGGAGGCUCAUCUGUUGAUGAUGCCCAAAUGGACACCAAUGAUAAGGGGCUUGUGAUGCAGAGGAUCAACAUUUCUCCCAGAGCUACAUCUAUCACCAUCACGGUAACAGCUGGGACAGAGUCUCCGGCAGAAGUCACCCUGACAGCCAAAGCCAUGACUUCUCUGAACAGGAACUACCUGAUCAUUGAAAGCCCAAAAUACCAGGGCUGGAACCCUGGAGAUACCAUCACCCUGGGGCUGAAAAAUGUUGGAUCGGAUGCCUUUUCCCACUUCUACUACAUGGUUUUGAGCAAAGGGGACAUUGUCUCCGCAGACAAAGUUGCCCGUGGCUCCUAUGUUUCAGUCCCCAUUCCCAUCACACAUGACCUGAUGCCCACUUUCCGCUUUGUGGCCUUCUAUCGCAUUGGAGAUGAAGUUGUGGCAAAUUCCAUUUGGGUGGAUGUUGUUGACCGCUGCGAGGGAAAACUGGAAAUCAGCGUAGUGGGAAACAGAAAUGAAUGGAAACCCCAGGACCAGCUGACACUCUCCAUCAAAACAGACGAAAGCUCCGUUGUGUCUCUUGGUGCCACUGAUUCUGCUGUUUAUGCCCUCGGUCGGAAGAACCGCCUCACACAGGGCAAGGUUUUCCAGGCCAUGGGAAGUUAUGACCUCGGCUGCACAGCUGGCAGUGGAAAAGACACCCUCAGUGUUUUUGCCGAUGCUGGACUUUCCAUUCGUUCCGGGGAACUGAGAAGCCCUCUCCGUAUAGCUCAUGGAUGCAGUGAGGUUGCUUCCCGGAAGAAGCGCUCCUUGCAGUUACACCUUGAGCUCCAGAAAAAGCUUUCCAAGUACCAGGACCCCGAGUCUCAGCGGUGCUGCCAAGGAGGCAUGGUGCUGUUACGCCAACAUUUGAGGUGUGAGAACCGUGCAAAACGGAUACAGGGUCCCGACUCCCAGAAGUGCCGCGAUGCCUUCCUUGACUGCUGCAAGCAUGCUGAAAGCCUGCGACGGACAUCCAGGAAUUCCCAAAGUGUUGCGCGGACUCAAGAUGAAGAGGACGAAGAUUGGUUUAAUGAUGAGUUCAUUCAAGUUCGGAGUGUCUUCCCUGAGAGCUGGCUCUGGAAAUCGUACACGGUCAAUAACAUCCUCACGGAACGCAUAAUUCUUCCUGACUCCAUCACCACCUGGGAAAUACAGGCAGUCAGCAUGUCUUCACAGAGAGGCAUCUGCAUCUCAGAACCACUUCAGGUUAGAGUCUUCCAGGACUUCCACAUUUCCCUCAGGCUGCCAUACUCAGUGAAACGGUUUGAGCAGAUAGAGCUUCGUCCAGUUCUGUACAACUAUCAGUCUGCGCCAAUCCAGGCCUCUGUGUAUCUGGAACCAGCUGAGGGCAUCUGUUCUCCAGCGACUGUAGGCCCAGAGCGGAAGCGGAAGGUGGAGAUUCCUGGGAACUCAGCGGUUCCAGUUCCCUUUGUUUUGGUUCCCAUGGGAGCAAGUGACAUCCCCAUCACUGUGGCUGCCAUUGGUGACUGGGGGAUAGGGGACAAAGUUUCCAAGAAACUAAGGGUGGAGAGAGAAGGCGCGGUCCAUGUGGAGGAAUUCACGAUCCCCCUGGAUAACAUUGAUGGAGUAUCCCGGUCUCUGGAGAUUUCAGGCGAGGUGCCCACCAAUGCCAUUCCUGAUGGUGACUUCAAGAUGAGUGUCCGGUUGACAGGAUCGGUGCCCACAGACACCUUGGAGAGCUCUCUGACACCAGACGGCCUGUCUUCACUGCUGCGGGUCCCACGGGGAUGUGGAGAGCAAACCAUGAUUCUGAUGGCUCCUGGGAUCUACGCCAUGCGCUACUUGGACAAGACUGAGCAGUGGCUGCGUUUGAAAGCAGAGAGCAAGGAAAAGGCACUGGAGAACCUCCGCACAGGUUAUGAGCGGAUACUCACUUUCCGGAAAGAGGAUGGGUCCUACGGUGCUUGGCUCAGCCGCCCCAGCAGUACUUGGCUGACAGCUUUUGUGGUGAAAGUUCUGUCUCUGAGCCGUGAGUACCAUGCUGUGGAGGACUCCAAGAUUCGUGAAACUGUGCAGUGGCUGCUGCGAAAGCAAGAGUCAGAUGGUUCAUUCAAAGACCCAGCCCCUGUCUAUCACCGGGAGAUGCAGGGCGGUGUUGGCGGCCUGCAUGGGGGAAUCUCACUCACAGCAUUUGUCACCAUCGCAAUCAAGGAAGCCAUGGUUGCAUAUUCAGGCGGAGAUGCAGAGAUGCAGCAGCAGCUGAGUCAAGUGAGAAACAGCCUGGAUCGGGCUACUGCUUUCCUUGCUGGCAAAAUGAAUGAUCUAUCCCUGGGUUCUUACCCCAUCGCGAUCACUAGUUAUGCCCUUUCGCUUGCUUCUUCUGAUCAGUCGGCCAUUAUUGCUGCUGGUACCCGCCUGAAGGACCUCGCCUCACAGGAUCAAAACAAAACGGUGCUGUUCUGGGCUGUAGAGGAGCAGGACCGACUGCGGGGGGAAACCUCUAACCGGGUGCCUUCAGCUUCAGCUAUUUCAGUGGAGGCCACAAGCUAUGCGCUUCUGUACUUGGUGAAGCAAGAUGACAUCACAACUGCUGGCCAGGUCUCUCGGUGGCUAACAGAGCAGAGGAAUUAUGGUGGCGGGUUCAAAUCCACCCAGGACACUGUUGUGGCUUUGGAAGCUUUGUCAAAUUAUUGGAUCAGCACCUUCAAAGAAGAAGGCAAUGAACUGGAGGUGACCCUCAAUCUCCCUGGCAAAAGCUUGCCUGUGUUUCUUUCAUUUGGAAGGUCUAAUGAUCCAGUCCAGAAGGAGCUUCAGUUUCCCUUGGGAAGUACCAUUGGUGUAAGCGUGCAAGGAAAAGGGAAAGGAAUUUUGACUGUCCUGAAGCAGUAUUAUGUCUUGACCAUGCAAAACACUUCAUGCCAAACCCUUGGCUUAGAGGUGACAGUGAGUGGCUCCGUUCAACGUGAUAUUGGCGCAGAUGACUAUUACUAUGAAUAUGAAUAUGAUGGUGGAGGUGGACCUGCAGCACAGCCUGCUGACCAGCCAUUAUCAUCCAUCGGAUUGUUUGAUGCCCGGCAACGCCGGCGGAGGGAGGUCAAAGACCCUGGAGAGCCACGGCGAGAUGUAUCCUACAAUGUCUGUUUCUGGAGGCAGCCAGGGGCUCAUGUCACAGGCAUGGUCAUCAUUGACAUCACCCUUCUGAGUGGCUUCCAGCCUGACGAGAAUGACCUCAACCAGCUGCGAGAUGUUCCAGAUCAAUACAUCAGCCACUGGGAGAUCCAAGGACAGCGGUUACUGCUCUACAUCGAAUCGGUGCCAGACUCUGGCCGUGAAUGUAUCGUGUUUAGAGCCAAGCAGACUGUGCCUGUGGGAAAGCUCCAGCCAUCCAGUGCCACCAUCUAUGACUUUUAUGAACCUGACAAGCGCUGUAACAUUUUCUAUGGUGCCCCCAAUAAUCCUCAGUAUGUGUCUGCACUGUGCUCAGAUGAUGUCUGCCAAUGUGCUGAAGGGGCCUGCCCACGUUUGAAGCAUACCCUUGAGGAUGCUCUUACAGAAGACGCUCGUGUCGACUUCGCAUGUUACAUUCCCAUCAUACAUUAUGCAUUCCGAGUUCGAGUGGAGCGUGAGAGCAAAGAAAGUGCCUUUCGUAUCUAUGAAGUUGAGAUCCUAGAGGUCUUGAAGUUCACUGCAGAUGUUGACAUCUCCACUAAAAGCACCAGACGCUUUGUGGUGCGAGCAGCGUGUCGCACACGCUUGUCCACAGGCAGUGAAUAUCUCCUGAUGGGACAUGAUGGGGAAACUCAGGAUCCUCAGAGCCGCCCUCAGUACCUGCUGGAUAGGAACUCCUGGGUGGAGGAGGUACCAAAACCCCUUCAGUGUCAGGCCACCCGGCACCGCAACACCUGUGCUCAACUCCAGAAGUUCACCACUUCUUUUGCUAUGAAUGGCUGCCGCAGCUGAGCCCAAGGACCUGGACCAGCACCACCUGUGCUUUUGCCCAUUCUGAUGCACCUUAAAUUUUGCUGGAUUCAAUGUCGGUGGAUUCAGAGAUGCCAGAAAGCAGCCCAAAUCCCCACUUGAUAGAUAAUUUGGCAUGUGAUGAUUUAUGCUUGGAGGGUUUAAGGAUAUAAGACGAGCCUUCUUGUACUAGGACCAAAUGUCCACCUGGUCCUUUUGGGAACUCAGGAAGCAGGGCUAACUGAGAGCUGCCUUGCUUGGUGCCCUCAGCAAUUGGCACUCAGGGGUAUCUCAUCCCUGAACUGGAGAGGCUCUCUUCAGCUAGAGGGCUUGUGCAAAAUUUCAGAACCCUUUCACUCACCAUGGAAAUGGUGUUUUGACAAAAUGAAAGUAAUAAUGUCUUAGAAAAAAAUGAAGUGCCUUGUAUGAAAGCAGACCCACACGCUUAAAAUAGAAGUGAGGAACUUCCAAUCUAUAGGCUAGGUCUGGCCAUCCAUGUUUCCACAGACAGGCACACCUCCUUCUCAUGGCCAUACCCCCUUCCUAUCAAUUGUCUGCUAAUUGUUUUGUGACUACUCGGUUUUUAUGCACUUUCUUCCAUUCUAAAAGAUUGUUAUACCUCUCCUAAAGUUUAGUUCCUGGCAGUAAGAGCUUUAAGCUAAAAUAUACUGGCAUUUUUGGAUGCCUCCCAUCUGCCUUUGAUCUUGCCCUCAGAGCUGCUCUGAAAAGGAAGAAAAAGGCAAGCCCCUUCCAACUCCACUCUUCUAUGAUUCUAGGUAUGGCCCACCCCGGUUUAAAAGUUGUGUGAUGCCUUGUAUUUUUUUUAUUCGGCAGCCAAAAUGGCAAGCAGCUACCAAUGAUAUAUGUAUUGCUGUGCAUUCAUAGAAACAGGAAAAUGCUUGCCCACAGCUCGUUUGACUGAAAUAGACCUAUUUCUAGGAACUGUUGCCAUCAUUAAAAGUGAUCAUUCUGCAAAGUACUGCCUGACAUCAGCCACAUGCAUAAGCUUGAACAAAAACGUUUGUCUGUGCAUGAAAAGUGUUCAGAGAUGUGUGACAAUAGUUGACCCAAAGAAGGAGCCCUCUUAAUCCUGUUCCUUUUUAAAAAGCAUUUUGCCAUGAGUGCUAUUGAUUACAACAUACCUGUAUGCCUCACAACAUAUUUGCACUAUUCUAAACUGCUUUUUUGUGCAAUAAAAAGUAUUGUCCUCUAA